AUGAUGCGCUACUACCGCUUCAUCUCCCAUUUGAGUCCUGUUGAUGGAGGGCCUGUGAAAAAAUCAGAGCUCUACAAAGUAGAGGUUGUCAGUGGCCUCGAUAACAAAGGCAGACUACACGCGACAGAGGGCAGCGAAAGAAUACUUGAAUGCUUAGCAACAGAUAGGGAGACUAUGGCUGCUGCUAAAAGUAUGAUAUACGGUUGGGAGUUUGGCAGUUUGGAUGGCAAUCCAGUCGACAGUGUGGCAUUUGCCACCGAAGGUGUGGAAACUGAUGGCCGGUUCAUACGUUUAUCCGGCCUACGACAGACUAGCAACAUUCAAGGCCGAUGCUGGGCCAUGGAGAAGAGAAACAAGCAGCCGAUCGUGGAAGGUGUUGAUGAAGAACUUAAACUGGAGGAGUCUAGGAGAAUACAUUAUUCUCCAUACUUCCAGUUCGACGUGAUUGACCGAGACGGUUUAGGCCAACGGGAACUGGACUUCCACAAAACUCUUGACAAAGAACCCGAUGGUGGCGAUUUGACGAUCGUUGUCGAGGGUCUUGAUGCAAACGGACGACUCACUGGCAACCCGAAAGAGAAUGCCACCGCUCUUUGCAUCGUAAAAGACUCGGAAACCAACAAAGUGAUCCCGGAAGACUCGGGAAAAUACGAGUUCCGCUUCGGUUGGGAGUUUGCCCAUGUCAGUGGGCGUCCUUCCAGCUCGCAUGACAUCGCGCAGGGCUUCUCAAUGGAUUCGAAGACCGGUCGGCUUUACUUAAACCAUUUGAUCUCUUCACCCGCCCCGGAGUCCGGCGAUCGAGUAAAAAUACGCUGCGUUGUCCGGACUCAACAAGCACCCGACGACCCUCAGGCUCUACAGUACGGCAAAGAACUCCCAAAGCCAAUACGCCGAUAUGCCUCGCCCUACUUUGAAUUGUUAGUCCCGGCGGUGGAGGGAAGAGAGGAGGCUAGCCACGAUUUAUCCAACCAACUUUAUGUCGUAAACGUAAUGGGCCUGGAUGAAAACGGUAUCUUGAUGCUACCAAUCGGUCAGUCCAUCGAGUUGUCAUGUGUACCAAAAGAGGCAUCAACCGAGGCCCCUGUCUCCGUUCAGGCGCCCAAAUCUGUUGGAUGGCAAUUACCUCUAUACGCCUCUGGGAGACUGGGAAACCCUGGCGAAUUGGCGCGUGAAAUGAUGAACGACGGCAACAAUUUGAUUCUGCGAGGCAUUCGUGGGGGUCUGCAAAGGAAUCUCCGAGGCCGAUGUUGGUUUUUGGAUGGAAAGACAUACUACUUCUCCAAAUACUUCCCGAUUAUGCUUCCCAGCAGUGGUAAGAAUUGA